AUGUCGAUAAAAGAGCCACCAAAGGAUUUUUUAUCCAUUGUCUAUCUGAUUAGUCUACUAAAUGGAAUGGGCGGACUAUUACCGUGGAAUAUGUUCAUUAUGAUCGCUCCACAGUACUAUGUCGACUAUUGGUUCACACAAAACGACGUGACCAGCCAAUACGCGGGCUCAUUCAUGAGCUUUUUGAGUCUCGCCUCUCAACUCCCAAACGUUUCAUUCAACAUUUUAAAUGUUAUUCUUGUUAUCAGUUGGUCUCUAUUCGCGCGAAUCAUUGGCCCACUUGUAAUCAAUUGUAUUUGCGUGGGAAUCGUCAUUGCAAUGGCUAUUUUCUGUGAACCUGCGUUGAAAGAUAUGACUUGGUUUUAUGCGGUCACAAUGUGCCUCGUGGUCAUCAUGAACAUUGCCAACGGUUUCUACACUAAUUCCUGUUUUGGUCUUUUUGCCGAUUUCCCUCCAAAUUAUAUCAACGCCUUCGUGCUCGGGAGUAACAUUUGUGGACUGGUCACAGCUGUUUUGAGUAUUCUCUGUGCAACUGUUCUAAACGAUAUUCGAAGUGUGGCCAUUCUCUACUUUACUCUUUCACUCGCUGUUCUACUCACAUGCCUUUUCUCAAUAUUUUUACUGAAAAGACUUCCGUAUUUCCUCUAUUUCGAGGCAAAAGGAAUUGAGGCUCGUGAGGCAGGCAAUUCGACAAAACCAUCGUGGACUCAAAUUCGACACACCAUUCAACAUGGUUGGCCUCAAUUUAUCAACGUUUUCCUCGUCUUCUUCAUCACUCUUUCCCUAUAUCCAGCUGUGCUCGCCGAUUCAACUCCAGUCAAAGACGAUGAUGGGAGAUGGCCAUCUGUCAUUCCGGAGAACAUCUACGACGGGCUGAUCGUUUUCCUCAAUUUUGCCACUUUUGCCACCACUGGCUCGUUGGUAGCCGGCUUUUGGCAAUGGCCGACGCCGAGAUUUCUCUGGAUAGGCACCACAUCGAGAGCCCUUUUCAUUCCGUUUUUCCUCUUUUGUCCAUAUUUGCCGGCUGACAGAAAGUGGCCUAUCCUCAUUCACAGUGAAUGGAUAUUUGCUGUCGGAAACUCCUUGAUGGCUUUCACAAGCGGAUAUUUCUCUUCUUUGGCUAUGAUGUAUGCACCAAAAGUUGUCCCUGAAGCAUUGUCGAAAACGGCUGGAAUGAUCUCGGCUCUUUGUUUAAUUGGAGGAAUCACCUCUGGAAUCCUCUUCACCUUUGUUCUACGUUUUUUCGUCACCCAUAUU